AUGUCCACCCACAACAUCCCUCGCCGCAGCCAACCCACCCCUCAGAACCCAAUCGUAAUCACCUCCGACGACGAAGCCGAAGCUUCAGACGACUCCAUGGAGAUCGACUUCGCCAGCGCACACUCCCGCCAGCAGCAGAUCGGAUUCCUCGAAGGCUACAACCACAACCACGCGCACCGACCACAACACCAGCAACCACAACCCCGCCAAGCUCCUCUCUACACCUCCACCCUCGAGCAGGAAAAAAAGGUCCGCAGCCGCCUGCGCGAAGAGCGCCACGCCGCGCUGUGCGUGCUGAUGGACCGCGAACUGCUCACGAUCCAGGCUCUUGCCGCGCAAGAGGUAACUCCCCUCCGGCCGUCUACACCGUUCUACCUUCAACGGGGGACCCUCCCGCAAGCGCGCCGCCGCUUCCUGGCCAAGCUCAUGGCCCCCGAUGACCCCGAAAUGGCUGCGUCCAUCCGCGCCGACCGCUUCACCAUCCAGCACCCGUCCACCACCACCGCCGCCUCCUCCGCCUCCGCCUCCGCCUCGUCAACGUCAACGACCGUGCAGCGGAAGAUCGUCGAUGUGCAUGAAUCCGAUGAUACCGGGUGGCGGCGCCCGACGGAUCCGUCCUCUGUGUCUGCGGCUGCUGUAGCCGGCGUGGCGUCUCCUGGGGGUUCGUCAGCGAUGACGACGACGCCCGUGUCCCGCGGGUAUGCGCGGAGGAUGGCGUCCAUGACGCCCGAGCGGACGAGGCAUAGUCCCGCUGGGAGACCACGGGCGUCGGCGUCGCGGAGCCAGCAGACGCGAGAGCGGGAGCGGCGACGGCGGUGGAGUGGUGCGGAGCGGGAGGAUGCCGGAAUUCCGUUUGGGGGGUUCUCUCCUUGA